AUGGCCUCCACAGUGCUGCAGGUGCAGGACCGAACCCCGCGGCUGCAGCUGCACAGGAGGCGACCCGGAGGCAACUGCGCCACGUUGGCAGGAAGGAACUGGUCCGAUCUCUCCAGCCUGGCCAGGCAGAGGACGCUUGAGGAUGAAGAAGAGCAGCAAAGAGAGCGCCGACGAAGGCACCGGAGCCUGUUGUCCUCCACAUCGAUGGAUGAAGAACCUCCUAGCCCUGUGAAAGACACCAGUCCAGCUUCCAGCAGACCUCAAUCUCUGGUGAAGCCAGUGUCUCCGGAGGAUGAAGAAGAACGUAAGCUCUCGGAGGCGCUGAAGAUGCAAGAAGGGAGACGGACAAGAUCCCCAGUGGCUGUCUCUGGAAAGCUGAGGCAGGAGAAGGAGCGGCAGGAAAAGGAGCAGCAGGACCCAGUGGUGGGAGCGAGGCGCACGGAGGCAGGGACACAGCCACAUUCAGGGAAGGAGAGCAUCCAGGCUGGAGAGCAGGGUCAGGAUGCGGCCAAGGGCAGAGGCGACCCGCCAGGAGACCAGCACCCAGAGCCAGCCUUGGAGAGGAAGGUGGUGGUGAGGGGACAUCUCCCGGACAAAGAGGGACAAGGUGUGGAGACCCCUCAGGGGGAGCAGAGGAAGGAAGUGGGGGAGCCACAGCAGCGGAUGUCACCAGAGGUGGGGGGGUGCCGGCUCCGCGAAGUGAAGAUCCUGACCAGGCAGGGAAGCCGCAGCACAGAGGAGAAGACAGCCUCGGUGGUGACUUCAUCGCUGGACCAGCCGGGGAGGAGGAAUGGGCAAGGCACCCACACUUGGGGUGUGAAGUCCUGGCAACCAUCCAGGAAUCCCUCAAAGGAGGUAAUACAGCUGUCUCCCACCCAAGAUGAACCUGCAGAAAAGUCAGAUACUUCUCCAACUCAGGUCACCUACAGCAGCUGCAUCAGACGAACCAGCCCAAGAACUGUCUCCUUUCGGAGGAUCUCAAGAAAACAGAACGAAGAAAGUGAAAGCCCUCUCACAAGGAGUGCAAGCCUGAGGAUCCCAGGUAGCAGCACCACCAUUGGGGAGAAGCUGGAAAAGUACACCUCGGCUGUGCAGCGCUCAGAGGUGGUGAAAACAUCCCUGACUAUUCAGAAGAACCUUUUGCUGUCCUCAGAGGGGGUGGCCAGCAAACGCAACUUCUUCGAGGCCAGCGCUCCCAGCAAGGCUGAGCCACCCGCUGUCAGGAAGGACAACCUGAAGAUCCCAGGAUCAGUGACAUCCCGCAUUAAUCUGUGGAUCAGCCGAGCUCAGGAGCCUGCCAAGGAGGAAAAGAGCAAGGACAUCAGGAAAAUAAACAGCCUGCCAAACCGUGAUGUCUGGGUAAAGCAGCCUGGAGACAUUCCUGGAGACACCAAGGUAGACAUGGAGCUGCUCUGA